AUGGCCUCACGUCCCCAACCGGAGCUGCCCUACAAUGCCUCUGACCAGUACGGCGGUGCCCGCAAUAAGCUUAUCUCUGAUUGUUAUGAUAUCUGCUUGAGUAAUCUCGACCACAAGACCGGUAGCAACAUGGACGAAGAAGACACUUCUGUAUCUCCAUUUGGACUUUCGCUUGACAAUGUUGCAACGCAGGAAACUUUUCUUUAUGGCAGCGCUGGUGAUGGAGGUGAGACCACUAGAAAAAGAGAACAUCGGGUAAGAAGGAAGACUGGUUCCCAAAAACCUUCUGCUGGAAGAGGCAGCUACAGAAGAGGCAACAGCAAUGGAACAGAGAACAACGGCGACAACAAUAGUAAAGUCUUGAACCAGCAGCCCGUAUAUAAUCAGCACCAGGUGUUGGUGAUGGGCACAGGAGAGGUCAGAGACCUACGACGAGCCUACAGAGAUCUGACGCUCAACGCCUACAUUCGACCAGGUUUCUCAGUUUCUCUUCUAAUCACUGUGUCUUAG